AUGGGGGGUUCACAGAGCAAGUCUUACAGUCUCACAGAGGAUAUACGGAAACCAACCAUAGGGACCACCAGUUUGUCAGCAGAUGAACCAUCAACCAAUAAGCACCAUCGUCACGGCUUUGAUGCAGACCGAGAUGCCAAGAAAAUACAUAGUGCCUGCAAAGGAGCAGGAACUGAUGAGAAGAAAAUUAUUGAAGUCUUGUUGAGUCGAACAUCGGAGCAGAGACAACAAAUAAAACAGAAGUAUAAGGCUCUGUAUAACAAGGACAUGGAAGAGGUCCUGAAGGGAGACCUGAGUGGGAAUUUCGAAAAGGCUGUGCUGGCUCUGUUGGACCUGCCCUGCGAGUAUGAAGCCCGAGAGCUUCGAAAGGCAAUGAAGGGUGCUGGGACAGAUGAGUGCCUGCUAAUUGAGAUUCUCUGCACACGAAACAAUAAGGAAAUUGUAAACAUAAAGGAGGCAUACAAACGGCUCUUUGACAGGGAUCUAGGUUCUGAUGUUAAAAGUGAGACAAGUGGCUCCCUACGGAAGAUACUAGUCACUGUGCUAGAGGCAACUCGAGAUGAGACCCAACAGGUCAAUUCAGAGCUCGCUGAGCAAGAUGCCACAGAUCUGUAUAAAGCAGGAGAAGGACGCUGGGGAACAGAGGAGAUGGCUUUCAAUGUGGUUUUAGCCAAAAGAAGCUAUAGUCAGCUGAGAGCUACUUUUCAAGCCUAUGAAAAGGUGUAUGGGAAGGACAUUGAAGAAUCCAUUAAAAGUGAAACAUCUGGAGAUCUGGAGAAGGCUUAUCUUACUCUUGUCAGCUGUGCCAAAGACUGCCCAGGUUACUUUGCUACACUUCUGCACAAGUCAAUGAAAGGAGCUGGGACUGAUGAAGAGACCUUGAUUCGCAUCCUUGUGACCAGGGCUGAGAGUGACCUGCCAGCAAUAAAGGAGAGAUUCCAGCAAAUGUACAAGAAAUCGUUAGCUGAAGCUGUCCGAUCUGAUACCUCUGGGGACUUCAGAAAUUUGCUGCUGGCUCUUUUGCACUAA